AUGGGCAAUAACAAAAUGCAGGAUCACGAAGCAGGACUGUUCAGCUGUGGAGAAGUUAAUUGCUGUCAUUAUGUGUACCACGACGAGGAACCUGCCAAAAUGUGUCCAACAUUGGCUGAUCCUUCGCCAAACUUAAGAAGCAAAAAUCAACCAUUUGCUUUGCUUCAUCAGAAUGGCAAGGAAGCAAAAGGACUAGGUUUCCUUGGGGAGAAGGUAAUGGAGAGCGGAAGGACAAUAUUGCAGAGGACCCACGGUGCCUCCUUCUACCCCACCUAUAUCCACGAUCUGCAGGACCGCUAUGAGGAGGUAAACUCCAGCCUGCCCACCAUUCUCCUCCUUCGUGAUCCAGCCAGAACCAUCAUCUCUUAUUGGAAACUGCUGAACCUUGAGGGAAGCAACAAGCAUCUGGAUGAAAUACCAUUGUCAAGGUUCCUGAGUCCAGACUUUCAUGAGUUCGUGGGUGAAGCCACUUCACUGUGGGAGGAGCUGGCAGCAGACCGACUCUUGUGGUGUACUGGUCCGCUCUACGUCAUUCAUUAUGAGGACCUAGUACACAACCCUUUGUACCACCUGCGCCGCCUGCUGCACUUCCUCAGGAUUCCAGUGGACGAGGGACGACUCUCUUGCGUCUCCAAGCACCUGACUGGGCCCUUCAAGAGGAAAACUAACAGGUACAUGGACCCUUUCACGGAGGACGAAAAGAUAAGGUUUGCCAACGCCGUCAAGAGAAUCAAUCGCCUGCUGUUAGUGCUCGGCUACUCGCAACUCCCGGCGAGUGACUUUAUACCCCACAACCUCCGUAGUAGAGAAUCUUGAUUGUAGAUAUAAAACAUAGCUUUGCAAGCUUAUUAUUGCUUUACUUCCUGU